UAGAGAGGCCUACCGUAGCCUGGACCUGCAGCGGCGCAUGGACUUCCAGCUCAGGGCCGAGCAAGGACAUCGCUUCCCCAGCAUCUACGAACAGGAGCGAGCCUACCGUGAGAGGGAGGCUCAUGACUACUCUCACCACGAGCACUUGCUGGAGGUGCGUAGGGAGCAUGAGAGGAUGAGACAGCAGGCCGAGGAGCGAGAGCGUUUCCACCUGAGGGAGGAGCUGGACAGAGCACGUCUCCAUCAGCUGCACCAGUCUCCCAUGGAGGGCCAUCUACCCCACAUGCCUCCCUUCAUGCCCCUAGGUGGCAUGCCCUACCCUAGACUCAGCCCCUCCACUGGACACAAUGGCCCUCUGAACAGAACACCUCCUACUGCUGCACUCAGUGCACCCCCGCCCCUUGUGCCAGCCGGCAGUGCCAGGUCAGCCUCACCCAGGAGGACUACCCCCCUCACCACCACACAAGACCCACGGGACUACUCCCCAUCUCGCAACCCCAAGGAGGUAGAGGCUCGGUAGCUUCUUAGUAAAGUGUACCGGGUCUUACUAGAUGCACUCUCAAGCCCCACUCCCCUAAUCCAAAACUUCUUGUGAACAUAAUUCACCACUCUUCUCCAGAGAAGAGCAAAACUCCCUAAGGGAAAGGGUAUGAUUGUACAAAGUAAAGGUGUGUAUGGCUGAUUAAGCACAUGCCAUGACUUUAUUUUUAGUGGACUGGAGGUUGAAUAAUGUCGGUAAUGAAAACACAAAUAUGUGUAUGUUUAUAUCUGACUUAAAUAUUUGAUAAUUAUUAAUAUAUUAAUCCAAUACUUUUUUCAGCUUUGUGCAAAAAGAGAGGUCCUGAAAUGAAUUUGUACAUUUCCUAUCCUUGUUCCAUGUAUAGAUAUCAUUUCUAUGAAUUUUAUGUAUUUUGUGCAUUAGUCACGCCUUUUACAAUAUUUAUCCCAGUUGAUUGUGAGACAUAUCCAUUAUGACCCACUGUAAAGACUGGACUUUGGUUUCAACCUUCAGUAAUUUAACCUCAUGGUACCAGGAUAUCCUCAAUUAUGACAAUGUACAAUGUUACAUUACCGAUUUGUUUUGUUCUUUUGUUUUGCCUUUGAGAUAUGCAGAUAACUAUAUACAGUAUUAUGAGGUCUUUGUUCAGUCUCUGUAAAGAAAUCUGAUGUAAAUAACUUGUUGAUAUUCCUUCGCUGCAAAAUUACUGUGUAAAUUUAUUAGGCUUUUUAACCAUUUCUAGAAAAACAAAAUUUAAUGAAAUAUAGGGAAUUGCUUCCCUGUUGAAUAUGGUAACAGACAAGCCUGGCCAAUGAAUGGAAAGUAUGAUAGGAGGGUGUUGUAAAGGGGGCCUAGAAGGAUCAUCUGCAAUCUAUGCAAAGCAGCACACAGCACCCUAAAGAAGAGAUCACCUGGAGUGAGCAGGCAAUACUGGUGAUACUGAGAGAAACUUGGAUUAACACGUCUAUAUGUACCAAUGAAGUAAUGAUGGGUUUACUGAAAGACUUCCAAGUCACAAACUGGACCAGCCCCAGACAGAAAAAGGAGGAGACUUUUUAGUGGGCAGCAAAAGAACUUUCUCUGUCAACCUUGUGGUGUUGUGCAGUUGUUUUUCUUAGACUCUUGUAUACAAAACAAGUAGAGUAUUAGGCGUGCAAAAAAAAUGAAAAUGAACAUUCAUGGUUUAAAAUGUACGGAAUAAAGUUUGGACCU